CUCAAUUUUCCUUUUGUGGCUUGAGGAAGAGAGAACAUCGUCACCAGAAUCCUUUACUUCAUUAGAUGAAGAUAAACGUCUGUCCCCUGAUUCCCCGAUUCCUGAAUAUAUUCAUUCCACAUGUGGUCAGAUGGUAUUUUCAACUAGCCGAUCAUCAUCUCCCAUAUCGCUGGCAUCCGAUAUUGAAUACUCUGACCUGUACCUUGAUGAAUUGUUCCAAGAGGGGGGAACAGAUUCACCAGAACCCAUGAGCUUGUAUGAUGAAGGUAUGGUCUUGUGUCCUGAUUCACCUGUCCCUGACUACGGUCAUGCUAAAUACGAGACAGUAAUCUGCAUGGGAAGUAGAUCAUCCUCACCCACAUCACUUAUAUCCGACAUUGAGUACUCUGAGUUGUGUCUGGAGGGGUUGUUCAAUGAGGACCGAUCAUGGUCUCCGGAAUCAUCACAUUCACCAGAUGCAUAUAGACUACUGUCUCCUGACUCACCUAUUCCAAUGUAUGAAGCUCCUAUUCUUCAACAGUUGAAUUACACAACAAAUAGAUCCUCUUCUCCCGUAUCCGUCACUUCAGAUAUUGAAUACUCGGAGUUGUGUCUUAGUGAGUUGUUUAGUGGUGAAGAUCGGCCAUAUUCACCGGAAUCAGUGAAUUCACUCGAUGUGUAUAGACCUCCAGAUUCACCUAUUAAUCAGUUUGGCUGCCCUAUAUUGGAGGAGUUCAUCUUUACAGGAAGUAGAUCAUCCUCUCCUACAUCUCUUGCUUCAGAUAUUCAGUACUCUGAAAUCUGUCUUAAAGAGUUGUUCCAAGAAGAGAGACCACGUUCACCUGAUUCAUGCAAUGAAUGCAACGAACACAGACCACUGACCCCUGAUUCACCUAUACCUGAAUAUAGCUACCAUACAUUUGAACAGUUAAACUUCAUAAGUGAUAGGUCCUCAUCUCCCAUGUCUCUAGAGUCAGAUAUUGAGUACUCUGAGCUCUGUCUUGUACAGUUGUUUGAUGAAGACAGGCCAGAUUCACCAGAAUCAGUCAUUUUAGAUGAUGAAACCAGCAUGAAUGAUUUGUCUGAACAUAGACCAUUCACUCCAGAAUCUGCGACACCCGAGACAGACUACUGCUUAUUUUUCUCUAAGUGGCUUGAAGAAGUCAGAGCCUCCUCUCCUGAAUCGAUUUCAUCGCUCAAUGAAUGCAGGCCACUCUCCCCUGACUCACCCGUCCCACAGUUCAUGAUUAAAACAGCAUCAGUAAUUUAUGCCAAAGAUAGGUGUUCGUCACCUGAGUCCCUGUGCUCAAGUCUGGAGUACGCAGAUGGCUAUAAUUUCCAUAUUGACGAGCGUCCAUCAUCUCCUGAAUCAUUGACUGAUGGCUAUGAUGGUAACAGUUGUCUCACAAGGCAAGACUCAGACUAUGGGGCAGAAGGCAGUGUAGGUACUCCGAGAGUCACUUCCAGUCAGUCCUUGACACCUGACAAUCAGUUAUUCACUCCUUUGUCUGCAAAAACUGAUUCAGAAAGAGAGAACAUAAAUCCAGUGGGAAAGAGAAAGGAGACUAGAAGCAUUGGGCAGCAGCUGCCCGAGGAUGCAAAGUGGUGUAAAACUGAAUUUAUACUGUUGGACAUAGGAAAUGAAGAACUCUGGUCAGAACAAGACACCCCCGAUUCACCAGUUCCACUGUAUGAAACUCUAUUGACCAAGUCAAUGCAGUCCACUAGUAUCAAGCGCUUAUCUCCCAUCUCUGCAAUAUCAGACAGUGAAAGUGAGAGUGAGGAGUAUGAUCUAGAAGACUUGUUCGACCUUGAGGACAGGCCUUCAUCUCCCGAGUCUGUUUCCUCCAAUAGAGCUUUUUCUCCUGAUUCCCCUGUUCCCCAGUUUAAUAUGUUUACAGUGCCAACCACUCAGUGGAACAGAUCUAUGUCUCCUCACUCUGCAACAUCAGAUGUUGAGUACUUUGACAUCAACUUGACCUAUGAACAUGUGCCUAAUGAGAUGAGGCCAGACUCCCCUCUAUCAGCACCUUCAGAUGAGGCAUUAAAAGAUGUGCUUGAUGAAAGUGGGACAAUGUCACCUGAUUCGCUAUCCUCAGAGUCUGACGACAAACUGGCCUUCCUAGAGUAUUGGUUUGAAGAACUGAGACCAUCCUCACCAGGUUCUCAGACGUCAUUGGAUGAGUUUAGACCUCUCUCCCCUGACUCUCCCAUUCCCCAAUAUACUAGUCAUUUACCUGAAAACAUAGUCACUGUAGCAGUUAAAAGUGAUAUGGGCCCAUCACCUGCGCCAACAUUAUCAGAUAAUGAGUCUUGUCGUUCUUGGGAUUAUAAUGAGCAUAGGCCACAGUCUCCUGAAUCAAUCAUAGCCGAGAGCUGUCAAAGAUGUCCUCUAUAUUCUCCAGAUGAUGCAGGCUUUGUGAUUAGUGAAAACCUUACAAAGGUAGGAGAGACAAAUGAUGCCUCCUCUGAGGGGGAACCAGGGUUGAAAUCUCUUAAGAGCGGAAUGGAGCCACCGGUAAAAGCCGUUGCCUCCAAAUGUGUAGUGGCAGCCUCCGAUGAGAUUUCAUCUCCUCAAAAGUAUGCACUGUUACACACAACGGUGACAUCCAAGCUGAUAUCCCAUAUACAUGACCCGCCUUUUAAAGGUAAACAACUCUGCAGUAAGACGGGCAUGUUUGAAGGAAUAGAACUUGAACAUGAAAGUACGAGAGCAAGAGAUAAGACAGAAGAGACUAGCAGUCAAAUCCGAAUGACUGAGGAUGUUCAGACCAGUAUUUCUGCUGCAGAAACCUCUAGAGAUUUUAAAAGUAAAAUGUCACCAGAGGUGCCUUCAGAGCAGGUGUCAGGCUUAGAGUCCGAAAUCCUAUUUUCUGGUCAAGAUGAACUUACCUCCACUUCACUUUCGCGGCCCUAUGAGUCAAGUCAGCCAAUGAUGUUAGAUAGCGAUGAAACCCUAUUACCUGUUGACGUAAGACAGAAUUGGGUGACAAGAUCGUCUUCUCCUGAUUCAUUAGUCAGUUCAGACAUUGAGUAUUCUGAGUUGUGUCCGGACGAGUUGUUCAAUGACGACAGAUCAUGGUCACCAGAUUCAUCGCAUUCUCCGGAUACACAUAGACCACUGUCUCCAGAUUCACCCAUUCCUGUGUAUGGCUGCGUUACCUUUGAGCAGUUAGGUUAUGCAAGCAAUAGAUCGUCGUCUCCCAUAUCCUUAGCUUCAGAGAUUGAGUAUUCCGAAAUGUGUCUUGAGGAAUUAUUCAGAGAACAGAGGUCAGAUUCACCUGAAUCAGUGAUUUCACUCGAUAUGUUUCGAACACUGUCUCCUGAUUCACCUGUUCCUGAGUAUGGACCUCCUAUAUUUGAAAAUUUGAACUACUUAAGUAAUAGAUCAUCCUCUCCCCUAUCUCUGCUGUCAGAUAUUGAAUACUCUGAAAUAUGUCUUGAAAUGUUGUUAAGUGAAGACAGACCAGAGUCACCAGAAUCAGGCAUUAUUGAAGAAGGCUUUAACAGGACCAUUAGAGCCACACAUGAGCAAAGACCAUUAUCACCAGAGUCCCUAACGUCUGAAAAUGACUAUUCCUCAACUUUCCUUUUGUGGCUUGAGGAAGAGAGAACAUCGUCACCAGAAUCCUUUACUUCAUUAGAUGAAGAUAAACGUCUGUCCCCUGAUUCCCCGAUUCCUGAAUAUAUUCAUUCCACAUGUGGUCAGAUGGUAUUUUCAACUAGCCGAUCAUCAUCUCCCAUUUCGCUGGCAUCCGAUAUUGAAUACUCUGACCUGUACCUUGAUGAAUUGUUCCAAGAGGGGGGAACAGAUUCACCAGAACCCAUGAGCUUGUAUGAUGAAGGUAUGGUCUUGUGUCCUGAUUCACCUGUCCCUGACUACGGUCAUGCUAAAUACGAGACAGUAAUCUGCAUGGGAAGUAGAUCAUCCUCACCCACAUCACUUAUAUCCGACAUUGAGUACUCUGAGUUGUGUCUGGAGGGGUUGUUCAAUGAGGACCGAUCAUGGUCUCCGGAAUCAUCACAUUCACCAGAUGCAUAUAGACUACUGUCUCCUGACUCACCUAUUCCAAUGUAUGAAGCUCCUAUUCUUCAACAGUUGAAUUACACAACAAAUAGAUCCUCUUCUCCCGUAUCCGUCACUUCAGAUAUUGAAUACUCGGAGUUGUGUCUUAGUGAGUUGUUUAGUGGUGAAGAUCGGCCAUAUUCACCGGAAUCAGUGAAUUCACUCGAUGUGUAUAGACCUCCAGAUUCACCUAUUAAUCAGUUUGGCUGCCCUAUAUUGGAGGAGUUCAUCUUUACAGGAAGUAGAUCAUCCUCUCCUACAUCUCUUGCUUCAGAUAUUCAGUACUCUGAAAUCUGUCUUAAAGAGUUGUUCCAAGAAGAGAGACCACGUUCACCUGAUUCAUGCAAUGAAUGCAACGAACACAGACCACUGACCCCUGAUUCACCUAUACCUGAAUAUAGCUACCAUACAUUUGAUAGGACCCUUGAGAGGACCCUUUCAGCUGAAUUUAGACCUCUAUCACCAGAUUUGUUGACAUUAAACAAUGAGUAUGAUACAUUACUGUUUGAAUUUGGGUUUGAUGAAGUAAGACCAGAUUCACCCUGGUCGUUUUCCAUAGUUGAUAAAUACAGGCCCCUGAGUCCUGAGUCUCCAUUACCUUACUUCAGUGCUCCGAUUCUUGAAUGUGUUAUGCCUCUUCUAGGCUGUACAUCUCCUUCAACUGAAUCACUGGUCUCAGACAUUGAGCUGUCUGAGUUAUGCCUUGACAUCCUCUUUGACUAUGAAAGACCAGAGUCACCUGAAUCGGACUCAGUGAAAUAUGAAGUUAGAGAACAUAGUGGUAGCCAUAGUGAUGUAGCUACCCAUAGACAACCAUAUCUUGACAUUUCUGACAGUGACAUAGCACAUUUGUGUCCGGAUUACCCAGAACAUGACACAAGGCAUCUCUCUCCUCAAGCUUCUUCAGUUAGCGGAGUUACAUGCUUGCCAAAUGAUUCACCAUGUUCUCAGGUCAGAACAUCAUUAUCUGAUGAUAGAGUACCAUGUAUUGGUGAUAGGUCACCCUUACCCAAAUCUAUCGCCUCAGAUAUUAAUCAAUCCAGGUUUGGUCUUGGUGAAAUGUCCCGGGAUCAGCCUGGAUCUCCCAAAUCUGACGUUUAUGAUAAUGCACCUCAAGAAAGCACAUCACUCUUCAGUGACAAAGAUUCAUCCACUCAGCCAUUCAUAGCUGAAAAGGAGACCUCAAGUAUUUCUCCUGUGUUCCAGCUGGUCUACAAAACAGCCCCAAGCAAACUUAUCGCACAUAUGUAUGACCCACUGUAUAAAGGUGAAACAUUCAUAAGUAAGAGUGGUGUUUUUGAGAGGGUAGGUCUAAGGACAGAAAAAUAGAUUAGACAUACUAAACAUGCCACAUUUUUUUUUAUUUAAGCCCCAAAUAAGAUAGAUAAGAAUCAAAACCACACCUACCACACAGUUCUGUUGAGAGAUUUUGAUUUCCCCAAUUAUUUAAAAUAGCUAUUGUGACAUGAUAUUUAGUGCAAUUAAUAUGUUUUUUUUUUUUUAUUUAGUCCAACAAGUGAAUAGAGACCCAGUAUAAACUGCACAAUUAUCCUAUUAAUAGCUGUCAUUCAGAGUUACUCUGUAACCACAGUGUGGUAGGUGUGAUCACUUGAAAUCCCAAGUUUCUUAAUGAAAUUGGUUUGGACUAUGAGAUGAUUCAUUAUAUCAGGAUUCUGCUAUAAUUUUAUGGAUUUGUCCUUUGAGUAGUUCUUAACUACAGUGUUAGGAAGUACAGCACAGCUAAACUUUUAAAAGGAUCCCCUUAGGUACAGUGAUAUUUUGAAAGCAAAGUCUAUAUCUGUAGCUAUUUUAAUUGAUAUUGAGAGAGCUGUAUUUAGAAUGGAAAGACAUUUAGUUGUGCGUGCUCAAAGGUAGAAAACGACUCUAAGAUAUGUUGUUAUAUUUGACCCUUUUUUCAUGCAGAGUUUAGCAUUUAGUCUUUACCAGAUUUGUUUUAAUAUCUUCUGUUAGCAUGGUAUGCCUGGUCUUUGUGUGUUUUGCAGUGGAGUGUUAUCUGUGGGAAACCUACAUGUAACAGCAGAGACUGUGGUAAUAGUAGCUGAAAAAGGUCUUCUGUUUUCUGAUGUAACUAUUUGUUUUUAGAAUGUCUCAAAGUGGUACCAUACAGCAAUUGGUUCAUUAUGCACACCCACAACCCAGUUUAAUGGGGAGUUUGUUUUGACAAAAAGUGAUUUUGAAUAGAUAAUGCCCAGCAGAUGUCAGGUCAUUUUCAGUGAAAAUUGGAGAAUUCUGAAUUUUACUACAACAAAUACUGCUAUGCAGAGGAGACCUUAGGUAGCAAAUACUACAGAGAUGAAUACUACUACCAGAGGAUGAGUGCCUAAGUGGAGGUACUAGUCAAGUGUACAGUAUCAAAGGAGAUGGUGGUAGAAGAAGGAGAAGGGUGUUGAGGUAGUGGGAGGGAAGUGUAAGUGCAUGUUAAUUGUGUUGGACUGUUAGAAGUGUGAGGAGAGGAGGUACUGUAGGAGUUGGGUCUUCAAGAGUUUCUUUAAGAUAGAGAGGGAUGCCCCUACUCUGGUAGGACUUGGUAGGUUGUUCCACCAUCAGGGAACUAAAAAGAUUGAAGAACAUUGUUUUGUCAACAAGUAAUGUUGAAUAGAUAAGGUCCAACAAAUGUCAGGUCAUUUUCAGUGAAGUUUUGGAGAAUUUAGAUUUUUUUUUAGUCAUGUGGCAGUGGACAUAAUCCUUGAACUGAAAGAACCCAGAGCAAUAAAUCAAGAGCAACUUGAAGAGUAUCGACAACAACAGAAAGAACAACAACAGAAGAAGACAAUUUUGUUCAAGCGUAUAAAAAGAUGGAAUAUGGCCACCAAUGGUGGAAAAUGACCACCAAGAGACUCAAGACGAUUGGGUUGGACACUACUCACUUGGAAUGAUGACAAAAGUUGUCAGCUGGCUCCCAGUGUUGGUUCCAGGAGCUUUGGAUCAAAGGGUGUUACCUGAUCCCGAGCCAAUUGAAAUGGAGGUUGGUUUUAAGGCCAGUGCAUCCUUGAUGCCACCUGUAAGAAAUACAUGUUCCCCUGCAAGUGAAGUGGAGCCGGUUGCACAGAGUGAAAAGUCAUGUGAUUUCAGUCUGUUUCCAGAUGGAUCAAUAGACGUGCCGUUUACAGCUUAUGAGUCUACUCCACUAGUGCCAGAUCUCCUCAAACACACAUCAAAAGACAGUCCGGAUGACCCACCACAGGCUCCAUGUCAACCUACAAAUACACCUCACAGUGAACCAGUUAUGCCAGCAGUGUCAUCUGACGGAUGUGAAUACCAUACUGAUGAAAAGGAGAUAAAAGGUGAUGAGAUCUCCCACCCUGAGGAAGAAUUGGAAAUUAGAUUUGAGGAAACCCCACAAAGUCUUUACAGUGUAGGCGUUAUGUCCACAGAGACCAAAUAUUCUUCUCCUAAGGAAGAUCACAGUUACUCACUUAGUCUGGAGUCUGUGGACAGUGGCCUUUCAGCAGAUGUCAUAUCAGAUGAUAGCUUAGUAGAUGUCCCUGGGACAUCUUGUGAUUCAUUGUCAUUGUUUAGUCAGCCAUGUUCUGAAGGACGUAGAGUAACCCCUGAUCUUAUAAAAAUUACCUCUGGCUUAGUGAGACAGCAGGGAAUAGAUCCUGGCUCGUUGAGCAAUAUAGAUCGAGUUGUGACAUGGCAAAACCAAGGACCUGAAACACCAGAUUGUCCUAUUCCUACUCUAUGUGUAUCAGUCACUGAUAUGAAGACCCCCAAAUCACCCAAGGAAUGUGAAGAAGCUGUGGGCAGUGAGGUAAGCCAAGCCUCAUCCACAGAACUGAUUUCCCUUGCCGAGAAGUCUGAACAGACACUAGGCGUUGAUGUCACUCCUGAUAAUCAAAAUCUGUUGGUUCCUUCCCUGAUGGGAUCUGAUGUAAGGGAAGAAGGAAAAAAUAUUUCUCAAAACCAGAUCCAUCUUGAUCCAAGACAGGGUCAUUUAGACAUGGUUAAGACUGCUGAAAUGAGUUGUAAACCCAUUUGUGAACUUACUGAAUCAUCAUGCCAGUCAAGCUCUGUCACACCUGGAUCCCAUACGGAUGACAAUGCACACGUUGAGGAGACAUAUGUGUGUAAAACUACUCUUGACUUUCCACAUUCAUGGAUGCCUUCUGGAACUACUCUGCAUACUACUGAUGACACAAAUGUCUAUAUCUCAGAUGGGACACCACAGACACCAGGUGCAGUUACGUUGUCAACACACUUUGAUUUUGAGGUUGGAGCCAUUGACUUCAUCCCAAAACAGGCUGAGACAAUGGAAAGGGCUUCCAAUAAUUUGGUGAAUAUUCUAUACGCACAUGAUAAGGAAACUGUUGCCGAUCCUACACUUAUCCCAUGGUCCCAUCAGCCUGUGCCCAUGACAGAUGGUCUUUACUCACAGGAGGACGAUGAAUCAGAUAUCAUUCAGCCUGCACAUAAAUCUCCCCAUCCAUUUUCACAAAUUCCAUUGUCAGCUUUAGUUAACCUAGGUCAGACAGAUAUUGGAGAUACUUCUUCUUACCAGCUACUGAUGACUCCAGAGGAAUGGUCUUUGGCUACUCCUUCUAUCUGUUCAAAGGCAGAAAUCAUUGAAAUAUCUAAAAAUAGCCAUGGAGAGCCAAGCACUGUAUAUGCAGAGCAGCUCUUGAAUGAAGGUACUCUACCUGAAGACGCGGAACCUGCUUUGAGGGAUGUUCCAGAGGAACAGGACAUGUUCUUGAGCCAAGAGAGUCUGUGUACUCUACAGUUCUAUGAUACUAUGGCUGAUGAAAAGCCUAAUGCUCAGGUACUCCAACUCCAUGAUGACUCAGACCCAGAGAUGUACUUUGACUGUAAGCAAACCAUU